UACAAACUGGCCUCCAUAGAUUUGUCUCAGGAGGACAGGUCAAGAGUUGAAAUAUUUGCCGAGUAUUGUGCUAAGAAGCGAGAACCUAUUUGCGGUCAGUUUUUGAACUUGUUAAAUGGAUCUGAUGGAUUCAUUGUGAAUAUGUCUGCCAGAAUAAUUGCCAAGAUUGCCUGUUGGAACCCAUCUGCCAAUUUACUUGACAGCUCUGAUCUCACUUUUACCUGAAUCGGUUGAAUGGACAGUUAAAAUUGAGUGGAGAGGACUUCUUUUUGUCGGAAGAUGCUUGCAAGUAGUUCUUCGUCACAAUGAAUAUCGUUUGGCUUUCAUCAAAGUUGGAGGGCCUUCAACAUUGUUGAAAGUCCUUGCCUCCGGACAAGUAAAUUUCCAAAUUCAGUACCAACUUAUGUUCUGUCUUCGGUUACUGCCUUUCAACCCUAAAUUUGCUCAAAAAAUGAACAAGUGAG